GGGGUUCCAGGAGGCGAUAUGCGGUGCAUAGUUUGAGCUGCAUUAACCCUAGACAUGAUGUGGGUAGUAGUAGUAGUAAGCCGGCGCCUUGACGAUUCCUAGUGCCGAUGUCUAGGCAUUGACUGUCUAGCCUACGCUUUGCACAAUCGCGGGCGUCAAACGUGCCGCAAGCAGAUCCCACUCACUGUCUGGUGUGUCACACCCUUGCAGUGAUCGAUGCGCCUGUUCUGAGGCUGGAUGGAGCUCCCUAGGGGCUGCAGUCCGGGCAAGGGCACGCAGCACGUCUUGUCGCUUUGCCUGCCAGGCAUGACAGUCCUGUGUGUGGUAUCGGCGUUCGCAGCGAUUCGCAGAAGUCUAGACGUAACACGGCGAGAGAAUGAGCUCAACUUCAGUCGAGACUGGUGGUACCAGAAGAAACUGGCUUAUUGCAGGCACAAGUGUUGGGGCAGAAAGGAUUGAGGAGGGAAUUAUAGUCGUUUAGAUGCACUGCUUGUGCAGGUUGUGGACUAAGCCAGUCCAUCGGUGUCGAAAAAGCCCAGAGACAAAGACUAAUACGAGAUUCAAGCUCCUAGCGCCCGAAGUUAGCAAGGGACCUCGAGGAUGUUAUGAGCAGUGCAGGGAACGUGGCGGACGGGAGGGUGAAUGUCGACGUCAAGAACAGCUGCGGUGCUUGCUUUAGAGAGUGGCAGUACUUGGAGUAGACGCCAGUAAUUAGAACCGCCACCAUCAAACCAUGUUUUUUCAUAUGGAGGAGGGAAUUGGCGAAUGCGUAGUUGGUCGUGAAUCUGAUGGCUAUGGCUAUGCAUGUUAACGGAGAGGCAAUGUUGUAUAAUCGAGACGCAGACAUCGAUUUCAACAACUUUCCGGCAUCGCUGCAUCUGCGUAGGCCGGUAGCAGAAGCUUUUCUCGUGAGUCAGGGGCGCGGGAUGGGGAGUUUGUUCUUGUGGUUCUUCAUCUUCGUGGUGGGUGUGACGAUAGGACUGUGGUGGCAGGCAGUUCAAAGACGGGGCGAAGCUUAUGGGAGUACAUCGAAAGAGACUGCGUUGGCGGAGUCUUCGACGCCGCCUUCUUCCACAUGCAUAACAUGUACCAGCAACAGUCCGCGGGUGUCCCGAACGUCGACCGUAGGCGCCGUGACGGAGUACACCUUGACGGAGAUUGAGAUCAUGACGGACAAUUUUCGACAAGAGCUAGGAAAGGGUGGUCAAGGGGUAGUCUAUUUGGCGAGGUCACUGACGGACGAGCCAGUCGGGCGACCUCUGGCCGUGAAGCGGCUGCAGAAAGGCUCCAAUGUGCUGAUUAGUAACCUCGACAAUCGCACCCAGCAGGAAAUAGAGAGGGAGUUCUGGGCGGAGCUGAACAUUAUCUCCCGCCUGCACCAUCGAAAUCUUGUUGCGCUCGUAGGUUUCUGUAUCGAGGAGGAUGAUUUAUUUCUGGUAUAUGAGUACAUGGUGAACGGCUCCCUCGACCAGCAUCUGCAUAAAAACGUGGGUCGCGAAGACGGGCCGGCAGUAUUGAGUUGGAGAGCUCGUAUGCGGUGUGCGGCUGAAGUUGCGCAAGGGCUAGAGUAUCUCCAUAGCCACGCAAAUCCGUCGCUGGUGCACAGAGAUAUCAAGUCGAGCAACAUUUUGUUCGACAGCGGGAUGCAGGCGAAAAUUGCAGAUUUCGGGCUUAGCAAGCCGCUGCUACCUGACCAUUCGAUGACGCUGUCCACGAGCGUGCGUGGGACGCAUGGCUAUGUCGACCCCGCUUAUUUGAUCAAUGGCACGCCGUGCGACAAGAACGACGUCUAUAGCUACGGCGUAGUGCUUCUGGAACUCAUCACUGGUCGGCGUGCCAUCCAGCAACGAGUCAGCUUGGUCACUUGGUGCAAGGAUUUUCUCGAUAUCGAGGACUCCGUAACGCGGCACCUACUCCCACAUAUGAUCGACAACCGAAUCAGCCCCUUGGAUGUCUCCUAUGACCAGAUCUAUGAAGUGGUAAAAGUUGCUCAGAUGUGCGUUGACGAGCGGCAGGAGACUCGCCCCAGCAUGAAAGAUGUGGUCGUGUGGUUGCACAACGCCAAUUACAAAGACUCUUCCAGCUCCGAAAGUAGCCUCGAAACAUCGGAUUUUACUCUCAGUAAUGGCUCCACUUUCAGUUCUUUCAACGAUCGUUUAAAACCCCAUCACUCGGUGUUCGCGCGGAGUAUCAGCGGGUUGCCUGCAUAUGAGAUCCGAGACAACACGAUUCUUGUUAAGUGCACUGUAGGAAACAACCAUAGGAUUUCGCUGCGGUGUAAAAUUUGGCCAACGUCGAAAAAUUUCGGAUUGAACAAGAUCGAGGCAACUCUAAACGGCGCUUUCCUGUGGAAGAAGGGACUGUGGUUUUACAAUGCUAAGAGCAGCCGCGAGUUCACAAUAGACGAAGAGAUAAAAGUGCUGGCUGAGUGGCAUGUAACGCUGAGAAUUCCGGCCAUGCUUAGUAGACACCCUCUUCCUUCGCAUGAUCCUCGGAGAAACCAAGGUCCAUUUCGUAUCGAUUAUCUCGCACUCAAAGACGAGAAUGGGAGGCCUCUGAUAGAGUAUCACGGUGACAAGACACCCUUACCAGAAAACUGGAGGGAGGGGUUGGAGAUCAGGACUAAGUCGGGAUCCGGCUCUGGUUAUGGAUCCGGAUCAGCAGGACGCCGGAGCUUUAAGAAUCGGAAUAGCAUGGUUGUGAGGCGGAAUUCAGCUCCCAUACCCCACUUCUGAGUGACCUUUAUUUCCUGGAAGAUUUUGGCUGUAAACUAGGUCGAAAUAUGUCUGGGCUGCAGCUCUAGCACGUUAACACAUGCUAAACCCUACACUAGCAAUAUGCCUAAAUUCCACCCUCAUACAGCCACCUGUUGUGUGGUGACGCCCGCGUCACAUAGUAAGAAGCCAAAUCAAUGAUCGAAUCUAUGUUUUCCUGGACUAUCGAUCGAGAUCUCCCUGCAACAGGCCAAACUAUGCCAUUCGGUGCAAUCGACAAGCACAAGCACAUGUAUGGAUUUGACAUGGCGAGGGUUGCAAGCCAUCAAAGUUCAAAGCAUCCGCUAUUAUUGCACUCUCCCAUCGACAUAUGCUGGAGAGGAACGCAGAGUUUUAUGCAAUCUUACAUAGUUUUGUACACUAGUGUAGGUGUACAGUCGGCGUGUAUUCGCAGAUCAACGAAGUUGUACAUACGAGGAGGCCUCAACAAGUACAGGCGAUCUCGAGACAUGCAUGCUUACGGUUCAGAUCACCUGAAAGCAUUCACAUGUACUGCACUGCACCUGUGUGCUAACUUCCUCGGUUGAACUGCCCCUGCUAAUCUCUACCCAUCUACCCAACUGAAGAGCUUUGGGAACAGAACAACUGUGGGAACCAUUUUACUUGCAAUCCAAUCUAGCGGGCUACCUGGUGAACGGUUGAAGUCCCGUUUUCUAGUCGACAGUGUAUCGAUAUGACCCGAUGGAUGUCUCGCCGAAGGUGGAGAAGCCAUGCUUGGAUCUUAUUUUAAAGUCAUGCAGGAGAAACCAGCUUUCUCGCAUGAUUUGGCACAUCUGAGGUUCACUAGAAUCAGCAAUCGGCUGUCAUGGGGUUUCACUUGGUGGGUGCAAUUUCGGCCAUCUUUGCACUGCUAUAAAUGAUGGUAAAAAGCUGCCAUUUUGCGGUGAGCCUUCGGAGCCAUUGGAAUCUGAACUUCAGCCUUUCACAUGUUCGACGCAUGGAUUAUGUUUGUUAUAAUAGUGCCAACAAUUCGGCAUGAGUUUGAAAAGGAGGCUUUCUUAUAUGAACUUCUCACAUGCUCUUAUUUCUUUUUGUGUUCAUUGUACAUAGAGAUACUUGAAGACACUAACAUCUGAACGCAGGUAGAUUCGCACAUCUACACGAUGAAGGAACGAUUUAGUGUAAUACAGAUGUUGAAAAGCUAAACAGAGAAAAACCAGAUUGGUUUUCUUCUUAUCUAUAUAUAUAUAUAUAUAUAUAUUGUUUUUGUUAUCACAAUAUUGAAUAUAUCUAAUGUUUAGAUUAAA